CCUUCGUUCGUUUUUUUUCUGCAUCCUGAACAUCCGCAGCGAUCACCGGUUUUUUCCCCCCUGAAUAUGGGUUCGUCAGACAGCGAUUCCGACGAACGCCGGCGCCACAAGAAGCAACGCAAGAAGGAGAAAAAGUCCAAAAAGCCAAAGAAGGAAAAGAAACACAAGAAAAAGAAGUACCACAAGAAGCGGGACCGCCGGAGCAGUGGCAGCAGCAGCAACAGCGAAAGUGACCGGUCCUUUGGAGGGCGUGAUGAGUGGGUGGAGAAGGUGUUGCCGGUGGCGGAGUCGAAGCAGCUGGAGCAGCAGCCGAAGGUUGAGCGGGAGGAUUGGAUGAACUCGAUGCUGAUACCUACCUACAGCAAGGAGGUGAAAACGAAGGAGGACAAGAAGCCAACGGAGCAGUACGAUCCGAAGACGAGCGUCCGGGAGUUGAACCCGCACUGGAGAGAUGGCGGGAGUGGGUUGCCUAGCUUCAGGAGGCCGGUUGAUGACGAUGAGGACGAUGAUUAUGGUGGAAGACAGGCGUUCGCGAGGGAAUCGGCUCCGGGUAGGGAUUCUGGAAGGAGUGGCGGUUGGCGGAAGCACCAGGAAUCGCGAGAUGUCGCUCCUCGGAAGGCUGAGGUUGAUGUUGUGAAGCCUGCUGAAACGCCUUCGGGUAAUGACGGGAUGUUCCUGACGGAUCAACAGCUUAAUGAUUUGGGUGCCAAAAUUAUAAAAGCAGAGAUUAUGGGUAACAAUGAAUUGGCCGCUAGUCUUAAAGAUAAGCUCGAAAAGGCCAAAGCUUAUAGAGCUCAGGUUAAAGACAAAGACAAGCAAGAGCAAGGAAAUGCACCCAAGAGAAAGGACGAUCGGGAAGAACCAGAAGUGCGCUUUACUGCUAACAAGAGAGAAAACGUCAGCCACAACAAGAAACAGCGCAAAAUUGAUCACCUUCUGCCGGGCGGAAAUCUGGCGGACAAGUUCCGCUCGGAACGCUUCGAAAACGACAACAUGGACGCGCAGUUCUUUAAAACCUCCGCCAAGCUCGAUCGUGAAGCGAACAAUCUGGAGAACAUCUUUGACCACGGCAAAGCCAGUUCUUCGACCUCCGGUCAGUCCAACGAGGAAAAGAUUGCCAGGGACAUGAACAAACAGGCCCGCGUUCAAGCCGACUGCGAGCGGUGCUUAAAUUCGUCCAAAUUUUCACCAGAUUUCGUCAUCUCAAUGGGAAAGAACGUAUUUCUGGCCGUUCCAAGCUGGAAAGCCCUCCAACCCAAGCAUUGCCUAAUCGUCCCGGUUGGCCACUACGCCGCCCUAACCCUAAUGGACGAAGACGUCUUUCAGGAUCUCCUGGACACGUGCAAAGCCCUAAAACGCAUGUUCGCCGACCACCGCCAGGAAGUGAUCUUCUUCGAAACGGUCCGUUACAUCAACCGAAGUCCGCACGCGUACGUGCAGUGCGUCCCAGCUGACAACUACGAAAUGGCGCCGUUUUACUUCAAGAAGGCGAUCCUCGAGUCGGAAACGGAAUGGGCCAUGAACAAGAAGCUGCACAACAUGCAAGGCUUGGAGAUUCGUCGAACCGUGCCGAAGGGGCUGCCCUACUUUUGGGUCAACUUCAAUCUGGAAAGUGGCUUCGCGCACGUCAUCGAGGAUCAGGAGGAAUUUCCGGUGACGUUUGCGUCGGAAACCAUCGCCGGCAUCUUGGGGUUGGACACGCGCGAUUGGCGAAAGCCGGGCCGCGAGAACAAUCCGAAGCAACGGGUGAAGGAGUUUCUCGAGUGGUGGAAGGAGUUUGAUUGCUUGACGAGGACAAAGGAGUAGGUACCUACGAAUAAAUGUGGCGAAUUGAAAAA